AUGCUUUUGCUGAGUGGACUCUUAUCAGAACGCCUGGGAGGUUCAGCGGAUCAGCUGGUGCUGAUCCAGAACAGAUGCAUCCUCAGAGACUCAGAACUCCUGAGUCACCUUAUAGAGGAGAAUGGAUCGGCCAGCUUCCGUCCUGGAACCAACAUGGUGGAAUACCUCCACAAGGCCAAGCCCACAAGACCAUUCCCCUAUGUUCUGACAUUGGGAAAUGAUACACAGCAUGUGUCUCAGGCCUUUGUCAUCAUUGCUGAUCAGGCUGUGGAACAUGACACACUGCUUCAGGCCGUCGAUGGAAAGGCAUUCUUUAUUUUAGACAUUGAAUACCCGAGGCAGUGUGAACACGUCUGGAAAUUCCUGCAAACCACCGUCUAUGAAAUCCCAGGAGGGGAGUCGAAACUAGUAACGUUUCUGCAGAAUGGUGUCCUGUGCAGCUCCUUGGUGCAGAACACCCUCCCCUGUCUUCAUCUAACAAGACAGCUUCCUCAGCAGCUCCUGCAGAUGAACCCUGAGGUGGAAGACAUGCUGAACAACAAAGAUGUCAUAAACAAGGUUCUAGGACUCAUAAGGAAUCCUGACAUGAAUGACGGUUUGGUUCUGGAGGACAAUCUUUCAAACACCACAGCUGCUUCUGAUGUACUUCAGAAACCAGAAGCACAAAGCCUCAGAAGCACAAAGCCUCAAUCUAGUCUCAAAACACCACAGACAUCAUCUGUAAACCAUCCAGAGGCGACGCCGGUUCUCUCCUGUGACUCCACAGAACCCCUCAGAGGGCUGAUUGCUGCUACCAGAACUGCUUCCAGCUCUCAUAGAACCGUCACCGCAGGUAUGCAGUCUGUCCUGCAAGAGAUCACAGCCAGUCCAGGUGUGAUGCAAGGGCGUCACUGUAUUCUGAACUGCCUCAGCCAGAACCCUGACCUCGCUGCUCAGGUGAUGCAUGCAGAGAAGAUAGCUGUCUAUGUCAUCAGAUCCUCACACACUACUCAUUUUGCUCAGAUGGGCAAAUCAUUUCUUCUUAUUCCCAUAUAUUCCCAGAUGCUGCUGAGCCAUCCCAUAUUCUCUGGAAACGUUCAGCUGCAGCAGCAAAUGAGACAAUAGACCCCCGUCUUUCUGCAGCAGGUCUGUUUUAGAUCAAGUCCAGAGGUGCUAGCAGUCAUGUUGAACCCCAGAGUCACAGAGGCUCUGCUACAGAUCCAAAAGGGCCUGCAGAUUCUUGCAGAAGAGGCUCCGUCUCUCAUUCCUCAUGCUGAACUCUGUACUGGUGGAGCUGGUGUUAAUGCAACGUCUGACGCACGCCUGAGCAGCCAGUCAGGAAGCAGCGAUCAGGUUGCCAAGGAGACGGAGCGGCAGCAGCAGCAGUUUGUGCGAGAGCUGCUUAAGGCACUAGCUAACACCAACAACCAGGAAGAAGUGGAGCUCCAGGAGGAGCUGGAGAACUCAACGGGCUUCAGAGACAGACAGAUGAACUUUUAGGUGGGGAAGAGUGUGAAAUAUCUGCUCGGGUUGUGGUGCACGCACGCACGCACGCACGCACACACGCACGCACGCGCACACACACACACACACACACACACACGUUACAGUAAUAAAUAAGUUAAGGUCAGUGAUUAAAAAGUGGAAAAAGCAAACAAACAUGAUUUUCAAGCUAAACAAUAUUUUGUUGGAUCUUCCACAAAACAAACUAAAAACAGAUAAAUAAUUUAAAUAUAGUAACUUGAAAAAGUCAUAAAGAAGUUGCUAAAAUACAAUCUAACCAUGGCAAUUAUGACAUUAGCCUUUAAGCUUUCUUUAGCUCAUAGAAGUCACCGAUCCAGAUCUACACUGGUGUUUAAACUCACUUUGCUUAGAUGUAUAAAUAUUCUAAAACAUAAUAUUUAUCAGUAAUGCAUGCUCACAAGCUCUGCAAAUCUGUUUAUAUGUUGCCAAAUAAAGAGAAUCUAACAGCCUGAGGGUCAAGCAUUAUGCCCUUAUGCAGCAGAAGUAGAAGGGAGGAACAACCUUUUAUAUAGCGUCUCCCAAGAUAAAAAUCACGAUGCGCUUCACAAGAACAAAUAAUUACAAAAAAUCAAAAAAAAAAUUUAACAAAUAUAAAAGAAAAGUUAAAAUUGUGAAUAAAAAUGAGAGGAAAGAAAAAAAAGAAUAAUAAAAAGAAAUUCUGUGGAUCCCGGAUAGUGAUGAAGAAUCAGUUAACCAAGACAGUGUUGUUUUAUUGUGUCUACACGUUUUCUGGUGAUUUGUGUUUCUGCAGGAUGGCAAAAAAAAAAGUUUCUAAUAAAAUUACAAAGGGUCACUAUGAAGACAAACUACAGAACAUUACAGAACAGGCGCUCGUUGUCUGUCUUCUAAAACACACAAGAACGUGGUCGGUCGUCUUGGGGAAAACUUGUUUUCCGACUGUUUACUCUGACUAAAUGAUGUUCUACUAAAGCUUGUCUGAAGGGGAUGAUUUUGUGUUUUUAACUGGAGUAAACUGGAGUUCUAUUAAAUUUCUAACAAGUGCUUACCCCUAUUUCAGAUACUUGCCCCACACAUUUUGUUGAAUAUGUACUAGCACUUAACACACUUUUCUCUGCACACACCAACUUUACCAAAACACAAGAAUUUUGAGUCAAAAUUAAAAUGUUCUGUCAAAAAUAGUUUGUGCUUUCAGUUCACGAGGUACAUGCAGUUAAAUACACCAGGUUUUAAAAUACUGGCAGUU